CUCAGGAGCAGCAGCAGCAAUCCGACCCUUGCAACAGCAUUUCCAUGAACAUGUACCUGUUUGUAUACGACUUAAUGCAAUUCUGUGGACAUUCCUGGAUAUUUACAAAUAUGAUCAUCAGGUUCAUGACAUUUGGAAAAGAUUCACUGGCUGACACGUUUCACUCCAUAGGACUUGUAAUGCGCCUUUGCCAGUUGUUAUCUGUAUUGGAGAUCCUACACAUCCUCAUCGGCAUUGACAAAAGCCGUCUCCUCCCCAGGUUUUUGCAGAUCAUGGAGAGAAUAAUUGUUUUAUUUGUCGUGAUCAACAGUCAGGAAGAAGUUCAAGGGAAAUAUGUCGUGUGUGUUUUAUUUUUCCUUUGGAAUUUAUUAGAUGUGGUCAGGUACAUUUACAACAUGCUGGCAAGGAUGGGCCUACACUACCUACCACUAACAUGGCUCAACUUCUCACUGUGCAUCCCCUUUUAUCCCCUUUCAGUUCUGGCUGAAGGAUUUGCAAUUUGUGUAUCACUGCCUUAUUUUGAAUCCUUUGGCACAUACUCAAUCAAGCUACCAUUUCCAUUCACCUUCUCAAUCUACUUCCCCUAUGUUCUGAAAAUGUACCUGCUAGUGCUCUUUGCAGGUAUGUGCUUUAUCAUCCAGAACCUCUUCUCUGAGAGAAUGGCACACCUAGGGACAGGAAACAUCAAAAAUAAAAGAAGCUAAGUUGAUAUUUUGUUUGGAAAGACAAAAUAUAUUCCAUGGGGAUUUCUGCACAUCAUAGUUAAAACCAAACUGGACAAAGAUUUCUCAAUGCAAAACUCCUCUUUGCAUGAACAUUAUCUGGCUGUAUAGAAUUUUCAGAAAAGGCAGAUCUCUUGAAUGCACCUCAAAAAUAGAGCAGCUUUUGAAAACUUUUGGAUGUUUUGAGAUCAAGUGGCCAGUUUUUAAAAUUAAUGUUUUUUUCUAGUACAUGUUAUGGAAUUCUGAAAAAACUGGAGAGUGCCACAACUCACAGCUACACCCUUAUUUCAGUGUUAAUUCUUAUUUCAUUAGCUACAGAUAUUCUGUAAUGACAGUAUAAUUUCAUCUCUAAGGUUACUUUAUACUAGGCCAACGUGUAUGUACUUCACAUAUAAAUGCUAAAUUGGCUAGAACUAGAAUCUCUCAAAGAGCAGAAAUCAGAACCUUUGCAGCCUAGAGACAAACAUGCUGAUUAACGCAGGCAUUCACUAAGGAUCCUUCACAUUCUGGCCUCAUACUUCAGUUAUCAGAAAAAGGUUCCAGCAAAUGCAGCUAAAUCAGAAAGGCAAGUGUUACCAUACUCAUCUACUAUAUAUUCAGGGGGAUGUUUAAGGGUCAGAAAUAAACACUUAUAAUCAUG